CCUUGCCAGGGGCGGUUGAUAUUUGAGAAAGCUCGACGCUUUCAAGUGCGCGACUACAAUAUUGCAAAAAGGGGAGCGCAGGAAAAAUGCUAAUACAUACAUGUAUAUGUAUGUACAAGUAGUAAAUUUGUUAUUUAAAUUGUUUUGUGACUUGUGGUUUGUGUAAUCGUAUGUUGCAUAAAGUUUUCUAGCAACAGAAAAAACAAAUGCAGCGCUUAAAUCUAAUUAUGUGAGAAUGCCUGUACAAUGCCCGUGUUAUUCAAUAAAAUUGUUUACAAAUUUUUCGCUUUUCUUACCAUCGCCGUGUGAGUGCUGUGAAAACCUCACCAAGUGGUUGGUCUAACGCAUUUGAUGCAUUCAAUUUAAUGAAUUUGUCUAUUAAAUGGUUUUAUUAAGUGGAAAUUUGUGGUGCUGAAAGUUUUUCUAACACAUUGCUAUCUGUUUGCCACUGUGAAAUUGCCUGGGCACACGAAGAUAAUAGGAAAAGCAGUAGCAGCUGCUAUGUCUGUGGCUGUGUAUCUGUUGCUGUCAGCUAGCUGUUGUAAAUCGAUUAUUCGCUUGUGUAGCGGUAACGUUGUACUACUUCAAUUCUACUUCAGCUGAUUUGAAAAUUAAAUAUGAGCCUACAUUCAGGCGUACAGACAUGCAAUACAAAUUUUUCAAUUAAGUUGCAUUGGCAAUAAAAUGCAACCAUAGCAACAAAGAAAUUAAUUUAGUCAAUGUAACUGAACUAGAAUAUUUCCCGUUAUAUGAGCUCAUCCCUUGAAACACAACGAGCAUUUGCAGCGCAGCAAAAUGUUGAUAAAAGAAUACCGUAUACCCUUACCGCUCACGGUCGAGGAGUAUCGCAUCGCUCAGCUGUAUAUGAUAGCGAAAAAGAGUCGCGAAGAAAGUCAUGGCGAGGGCAGUGGUGUGGAAAUUAUCAUUAAUGAACCCUACAAAGACGGGCCCGGAGGGAAUGGCCAAUAUACGAAGAAAAUCUAUCAUGUUGGCAGCCAUUUGCCCGGUUGGAUAAAAAGUUUAUUACCAAAGAGCGCUUUGACGGUGGAGGAGGAAGCGUGGAACGCUUAUCCAUACACACGCACGCGCUACACCUGCCCCUUUGUGGAGAAAUUCUCACUCGAUAUUGAAACUUAUUACUUCCCAGACAACGGUUAUCAGGACAAUGUAUUCAAGUUGAGCGGCAGCGAUCUGAGAAAUCGCAUUGUGGAUGUCAUUGAUAUCGUCAAAGAUCAACUCUAUGGCGGUGAUUAUGUGAGGGAAGAGGAUCCGAAACUAUUUGUAUCUGAGAAAACUGGUCGCGGACCGUUGGUUGAUGAAUGGCUGGAAGAGUAUUGGCGCGAGGUGAAAGGCAAGAAGCAACCGACGACACGAAAUAUGUCGCUUAUGUGCGCAUACAAAAUCUGUCGUGUCGAAUUCCGUUACUGGGGUAUGCAAACCAAGCUCGAGAAGUUCAUACACGAUGUAGCAUUGCGGAAAACUAUGUUGCGUGCACAUCGACAGGCAUGGGCGUGGCAAGAUGAGUGGUAUGGUCUGACAAUUGAAGAUAUACGUGAGAUUGAGCGUCAAACGCAGCUUGCGUUGGCGAAGAAGAUGGGCGGUGGCGAAGAAAGCGAGAGUGAUGCGGAAGAUGCAGACAGCGUGGCAGACUUGCACGGUAGACCCAUUACUAGCAGUACAGGCAGUGAACGUCGGAAGUCUGGUGGUGCGCCGCCGCCGAUUGUAACCCAAGAGCCACCAAGCACUGAAGGCACUUCAGAUGAGGAUGAAGAGGAGGAAGCGGCACAGGAAGUGAGUGCACGUUCCCGUUCGCAGAGCAUUCAACUGACUAAGUCGAAAUUCGGCUCGAAAGGUGCACUGCACUCACCAGUUGGAUCGGCGCAUAGCUUCGAUUUGCAGCCGCAUGCUAAGAAUGUUCACCAUAAAAACGUUGCAAAUUGGCGCAUGGAGCGUCUCGAAGUGGACACUAAAUCCAACUCCGACGAAGAAUUUUUCGAUUGCGUUGAUACUAAUGAGACCAACUCCCUCGCUAAAUGGAGUUCACUUGAGUUGCUCGGCGAGGGCGACGAUAGUCCGCCACCGGGCAGUGGGGCCGCCUACAAAGACAGUCAAGAAGACAGUAUUUUCAAUCAAGACUUCCUAAUGCGUGUCGCAUCCGAGCGUGGCACUAAGCGACAACUGCGCUCUUCAGCCAGCAUAGAUCGCAGCCAUGAUACGUCGCCGCCUGGCUCGCCAAGCACGCCAUCCUGUCCCACCACCAUACUUAUACUUGUAGUACAUGCGGGCAGCGUUUUAGACGCCACUAGCGAGCUGACCGCUAAGAAGUCAGACAUUACCACAUUUCGUGGCGCCUUUGAGGGUGUUAUGCGUCAGCACUACCCCAGUCUGUUGAGUCAUGUCACAAUUAAAAUGGUACCAUGCCCCUCCAUUUGUACCGAUGCACUGGGCAUACUCUCUAGUCUCAGUCCAUACUCGUUCGAUGCGUCGCCAUCGGCUGCGGAUAUACCAAAUAUUGCUGAUGUACCGAUUGGCGCAAUACCGCUGCUAUCGGUUGCCUCACCAGAGUUUCAGGAUACCGUUAAUAAGACAGUGACUGCAGCAAAUAUUGUCUACCAUGAAUUUCUCAAAACCGAAGAGGGUCACGGUUUCGCCGGUCAGGUGGUAAUGCUGGGUGAUUCUAUGGGUUCGCUGUUGGCCUAUGAGGCGUUGUGUCGUAGCAAUGGUAUGGAUGGUGGUGGCAGUCGCUCAUCGCGCACGGACGACGAUGAACGUUUCAAUGAUUCGGAUUUGGAUGCAAAGCGGCUAUUGGUAGCACCUUCACCGCGUCGUCGACGCUCAUCAUCGAGUGAUUCACGCGGUAAUAAGUUGGACUUUGAAGUGGGUGAUUUCUUCAUGUUCGGUUCACCGCUUUCCAUUGUAUUGGCAUCACGUAAGCUGCACGAUGCCAAGGCAGCGCUGGCUCGCCCAAACUGUAAUCAGGUGUAUAAUUUAUUCCAUCCUACCGAUCCGAUUGCUUCCCGUCUGGAGCCAUUGCUCAGCGCCAGGUUUUCCAUGCUGUCACCGGUAAAUGUGCCGCGAUAUGCCAAGUAUCCAUUGGGCAAUGGGCAACCAUAUCAUCUUUUGGAAGUCAUCCAAUCAAAUCCACAACACUUCAGUGAUGCUAACAAUAUUCUGGGUGGUAGACGUCUAUCGGAUGCCUCAAUGCAAAGUACUAUUUCAGGCUUAAUUGAAAAUGUAUCGCUAAGUACAAUCCACUCACUACAAAUGAAAUGGUGGGGCACAAAACGUUUAGAUUAUGCCUUGUAUUGCCCCGAGGGCUUGAGUAAUUUUCCAGCUCACGCCUUACCACAUUUAUUCCAUGCCAGUUACUGGGAGAGCGCAGAUGUAAUUGCAUUUGUUUUGCGACAGAUUGGCAAAUUCGAUGGCAUUCCAUUUGUCGGCUCAGCCGAUGACAAAGAAACGGUUACCUUCCAUCCAAGUCAGCCGCGUGAGAAAUGGAUGAAGAAGCGCACUUCGGUAAAACUGAAAAAUGUAGCUGCCAAUCAUCGCGCCAACGAUGUUAUUGUGUUGGAGGGACGGGAGCAACGUCUCAAUGCUCGUUUCAUGUACGGUCCUUUAGACAUGAUCACUUUACAUGGCGAAAAGGUUGAUAUACAUUUAAUGAAAGAUCCGCCAGCUGGCGAAUGGACCUUCCUUGCCACCGAACUGACCGAUAAGAAUGGUCGCAUCUCAUAUAGUAUCCCAGAGCAAGUAUCCCUGGGUUAUGGUAUCUAUCCUGUUAAAAUGAUUGUGCGUGGUGAUCACACAUCGGUCGACUGCUAUGUAGCCAUAGUACCGCCGAUGACUGAAUGUGUAGUCUUUAGUAUAGAUGGUUCCUUUACGGCGUCUAUGUCGGUAACGGGGCGUGAUCCAAAGGUACGUGCCGGAGCUGUAGAUGUCUGUCGCCAUUGGCAGGAGUUGGGUUACUUGCUGAUCUAUAUCACCGGACGGCCGGAUAUGCAACAGCAACGUGUGGUGUCCUGGUUGAGCCAGCACAACUUUCCGCACGGACUAAUCUCAUUCGCCGAUGGAUUACUCACUGAUCCACUCGGGCACAAGACAGCUUACUUGAAUAAUUUAGUGCAGAAUCAUGGAAUCUCAAUUGUGGCUGCUUAUGGUAGCAGCAAAGAUAUAACUGUGUAUGCGAAUGUUGGUUUGCGACCGGAACAGAUAUUUAUUGUGGGCAAGGUUAGCAAAAAAUUACAAUCAAAUGCCACGGUGCUGAGCGAUGGUUACGCGGCCCAUCUAGCUGGUCUGCAGGUAGUAGGUGGCUCACGUCCCGCUAAGGGUAAUGCACGCAUGGUUAUACCGCGCGGCUGCUUCAAUUUACCCGGACAAGCGUCGAAUCCUCGGCGCAGAAGCAACGAAACUGGACUAUCUUCGCCCGUUCGCAGUGGCUACCUGAAGCGCAAAACCUAUUUAAGUCUUCACUAAAUCAAAAAGGAAACACAGCACUGAGAAUAGCAAAGGGUUUCGACAAGAAAAUCAUAGCUUUGGAAUGCAACUUGGAAAUUCACUGUGACUUUUGAACAAAGAUGAACAAAGCUAAUACAUAAAUGAAACAAAGAUGAACAAAGCUACUUGAAAAUCAGUACAUAAUUGAAAAUAAAAUAGUUUAUAUCACAUAACGUCCAAAAAUUCUGGCAGCUAACUAAAACAAAAAAUAAAUAAAGAAAAAUAAAAUGUCAACAAUGCGCUCGUCCGUAGCCUCUUGCAGUUGCACGCUCAUCGCCGACGCCUCCUUUGUCCGCCCAUCCGUCACAUUUGUCCACAACGCUUAAGCGGCAUUUAGCUUAGACAUUAUGAAACUCGUUACUUCCGCAUCCAUUUAAGAGCUUAGUUAUGUACUUGCAUGUAGUCAGCGCGCUCCAGCGUUAUGCUUAGUCAUCACUUAGAACGCGCUGAAUAUUUGUUGAAAACCAGCGGCUAAAAAAUAAAACAGAAACCACAAAUAAUAAAUCUCCAAAAACUGCAGCAUAACUAUCUACUCAUAUACUGCAUAUAGUAUUUACGAAAAAAUAAAAAUAAAAACAUUUACUUAGUGGCAGAAGUUAGAGGUUACUUAGGAUGAAGCGGCAAAGCAGCGUUCCAUAUACGUAUGUACUAACCGAUUCAUUUGCGACUAGUUAGUGCUGCAUUAGAACUAAAGAGAAACGAAUGCAAAUAAUAUUUACGCAAAUCACGCCUAAAGUGUCACGUGAAAAUGCAUUGAAAGACUACUUUGUAUUUGCAUCUUAUAGGUACCUGGCUAGAAAGACUGUUUCCUCCUGUUGUAUGAUGGUGUUUCAAUCUACCUAAAUAAUAAAUAUGUGUUAAAUGGAUUUAAGAAAAUGUGAACAAAAAUUAAAACAGAAAGAACAAAGCAAAAACAAAAACAAAACAAACAAAAAAUAUCUAUAUACAGCUAUAAUGCUUCAGAAAGUAUUUUUGAGAAAUGAAAGAUAUAAAUUUUAAAAAUAAAUUAACUAAAAAUUACUACGUGUGUGAAUGCAAACAUACAUACAUACAUACAAAACAUAUUUAUAUAUACACAUGUAUGUAUGUAGAAUAUUGUUCUAAAACCAAAACACAUGCAUACCUUCUUGUAAUAUAUAUAUACACUCAUACAUACAUACAUCUAAAGCAUAUGACAAAGAACAAAGUUCAAAUUGUAUUUACUAGAGAAUAAACAGAGUUACUCAAGCUAUCUAACUACAUACAUACUUACAUACAUAUAUAAUUAUAUAAUUGGAAUAUCGAACAAAUUAAAUAAAUAAAUCUAAAUAUCUACAACUGUGAAGCAAACUAAGCUAAAUAAAAUCAAAAGCAUAAACAAUCUAAAGGCGAUUAAAACCUAAUUUUAGAACAAAAUCUGUUCCACAAAAACAAUUUAUUAUAAAUAAUUUAAGUAAAGCAUCAACACAAAUGAAAUGUAAAAAUUUUGAAAUGCUUAAAAUGUGUUUGGAAACUUCAAUUUUUCCGAAAACUACCAGCAGCUCAUAUGUAGGUAAAAAAUUAAAAAAAAAGGCUAUUUUGCUAAAUUGUAAAACAAUGACGCUUUUUUAAGCAAACGUAUAAAGAAAUACAAAUGCAAUUAAAUUUUCAAAAAAACAUAAAUACUUUAUGGGCAGUAAAUAUUACUACUACUAAAUAUUAGAUCUCUCUUUCAUCGUGAUAACGUUCGAGAAGCAUUUUGCAUUUAUGUGUAUGUUAAAAAAAAAAGAGUUUAGAAAAAUUUGUUGUGCGUAGAUUUUUAGCAAUAAGUGUUAGUCAAGUGAAAAAAAUAAAUCAUGCUUGGUCAUUUUAACGAACAAAAUUUAGUGAUUUCUAUUGUUAUGAUAUUAGUUCUCAGGUGAAUUUUUAAGCUGCCUAAAAGUAGACUAUAUAGAAGAAAAUAAUUUUCACUAACAAACUAUUUACAAUGCAGUUCUGCGGUAAAGAUCCAUACGAGUAUAUGGUAUUUACAUACUAAAGUAUAUAUGUAUGUAUUAUUGAUUGGGUUUAUAAUGCGCAACUAUUGAAUGAUGCAUUUACAGUUAUUGGACAAUUGCCGGGGUUUUCAAAAUGCUCCAUAUAGCAAUUGAAAUUUCAAAAGUACAGUGCACUCGCGAUAACUCGAACUAAUUAAAACAGGCGCUGUUCGAUUUAUCGAAUUUGUUCGACUUAUCAAUUGAGUGUGCUAUGUUAAAAAAACAGUCAUCGAUAUCGAUUUUUCGAUCGAUUGUUGAAAAUGGAAGCCAGUAGAAAAUUUCUGUGGUAUAGUUUCGUUAUACGAAUUACAUUUUGGUCCAUUGGCUGGAUCAAUGGUGUCACAUUCGGCGGCAUAAACAUAGUUAAAAUUAAACCAUCCUCGGACUUUAAUUCGAUUUCGUUGGGAUGUGAUGGGGCACUACACUAAUGUUAAACACUUCAACCUUUUACGAUCCAUUACUCACAUGCACUGAUACACUACAAAUGACAAAUUUAAAGCAAUUUGGUCAAUGCAAGAUGUUGUUCCCAGAAAACUAACGGGAUAUUAACGUCGAAAUAUUCAUAUGGACAAUACACUAGUAUACAUAUAAUUUAUAUACAUAUACUAUUACAUAUGUAUGUAUGUACAAAAUGUACAUGUUUGAAAAGAAUGUGUGUACAAAUAAAUUUGUUUUUUUGUUCGAGUUAUAGCGCUUUAAUAUUGUUCGAGUUACAAACUAGUCAAUAGGGAAAAAAAUGUGUUCGAGUUAGCACGUCGUUCGACUUAGCGGCUAUUCGAGUUACCGCGAGUGCACUGUAUUUCUCAUAGAUAAAAUACUCAAAAUGGAACGCUAUGAAAUGAAAGUUAAGGGGGGAGCCUGGUUUAUAAGGUCAAAAAAAUCAAUUUUUAUUUUCGUUUUAAGCGAUUCCAAAUAUAUUUCAGAAUAUUCACACAAAGUUACAGAGCCUAAUUCUCAAUAUUUCCGUAGAUACAAAGUCAAAGGUAGGCGAGCGUUAGGUAGUUACGCUGUGACCGGACAGCUAUAGUACAAACUUUAUCUUCUUUUCUCGACUAAUCGAAAAAAACUAAUGAACCUUUUGAAAUGAAGCAUAGCUUGCUCCCUUCAGUAUUAAAUUCUCUUCUAUUUGAACUAACAAAAUAGAUAAAAAAAAAAUGUUCAAGAUUUUUAUACCAAGUUGAAGUGAAUUUUUUUUUAUAGAAAGGCAUUUUUUUCUUUAAAACCUCCAAAAAGUUGAAAUUUUGGAAUUUCUCUCAGUUUUCUUAGUUCAUAUAGAAUAAAAAAUCAUGAUAAUUAGAAAUCCAUUUGAAUUUUUUGCUUUAGAUAAUAAUUACGAGCUGUAUCUUGUACGCCAGUUGGAAACUGCAGCGUUGCAGCGCUCUACUAAUUUCUAUGUUAAACAUUUUUUUCAACUUAUUUUAACCAGUACAAAAAUUUUUUAUACUUUUUAAAUGUUCAUUGAAAGAUAGAAAAAACUUUGCAGUGCUAAGUUAAUUUAUUCCUUAAAAAAAAAAAAUCGCAAAGAGAUGCAAUUUUUAGACCUCAUAAACCAGGCUCCCCCCCAUAAGAAGCGGAGAAUUCAGAAGCAGCAUUUUCUUCAUAGCUCUCCUCUUUUGAUAGAUUACUUCAUCGUCCGGUCAUUUUUGUUGCGCUCAGAAUUUCACAGCAUAAAAAAAUAUUCUUUAGUUUUGUGAAACCAUCUGGCUUCCCUCUAUGUACACGCUCAAUAGGGCAAUGUGGUGAUUUUGUUCUUCCACUUGCAUUGUAAUGCACGGGAUGCAAGCGAACCAGUCCUGCUAUGCAUUAUGCCCCAAUUAGUGGUGGCGUAGCUACCCGUAACCAUAACCAUAGCCGCAACAUUACAGCCUGUGUCGUUUAGCCAUGCGACAACCAUAAAUAGCUGAUAUUGAAGUAGAAUUAAUGACAACAUUUGCAUUUUGUAAUAAAAAAACGGAUAAUUUUCCGCUAAGUCAAUUAAUUUUUCGUCGUUCAUUUCUAAUAUUUAAAUUUUUAACGCAGAUAUCAGAACAAAUGUCAAGUAUUUCACAGCUGCUUACGCUUACGGCGAAAACUCAAAAUACAAUAAAUACGUACUGCUACGGUUACAGCUAUGGCGCUAUGGUGCGGCAUCUAUAACCGUUUACAGUGAUGCCAAUAUGUUUGAUCAGAACAGCUGAUUGCUGUGGUUACGAUUAUGGCACCACUAAGCGCAGCUUUACACUGAAACAUCGAGCGGGGUGUAGGGCUUUGCCAAUGUGUGUGUGAGAAUGUGAAAACUUCGCUGUUGAACAGAAAUAACGAAGAAACGUUCCAUACAUACCUACACCCAACGACAAAAAAAGUUUGCUCUUGGAUCAUAGGGACAUGUCAAGUUGUACAGUCAAAAUAUCAAAUUAAAGAAAAAUUGUAUAUUAUGUGUUAUGAAUGUUUAUGAAAGUUUAGUAUUAAAAUGUUAAAUUUGAGGUAAUUUCUUCACUUUGUAUUGAAUUAUUUAUUUUUAUUGAAAUGACUAAACAAAAAGACUAAAGAAAUUAUGAGAAGCCGUAUUACAACUUGCAUUAAGAUUUAGUAUUAAAUACUCGUUUGCUUUUGAUGAAAAUGUUUAGAUCUUAUUACUUAUUGCUUAUAAAUUAUAUAUGAUAUUGAACAUUAAAAAACAGGUAAAAUUAAAUUCCUGUUAAAGUCAAAUAAAACACAAUAGAGCGCGCCGCUUCCUUUGGCUUUUAUAAGAGCUCCUAUUCGUUUGGGCAUUGACUCGUUUAAUUUUGUUAAUUUUGCUUGGCCAACCCCAUUUUACCACACCACCAGAAUAGCAUCUUUUAGAGCCUUUGAUGGCCUACAACAUUAUUUUAUUAUCUACAUUAUCCUCAUUAUUAUUAUCUAUGUAUAACGCGCCCGCUAGUACCUGGGUUAGAAGCCCAUUGUGGGCAUGGAACACGAAAUGAUAGAAUAGACCUUCUAAUUGCGAUCAUACUUCGGCAGGCAAAGACAAGCCUCCGAUUGUAUUUCUGUCAAAAAACAAAGGUCCUCAUACACAUACAAAUAGAUCUGCCGUUCGAAGGCAGCGUAGAAUUGUGGGUCCAUCCACUUGAGAAAUAACACCGCAAAGAAGAAGCGCAGCCCAACACCACAAUUUAUCAGCCUAUUGUUACAGGUCUAAACUCUUUUGUGCUAAGCAACACAUUUUAUGCCCAGGGUUUUUCCUGAUUUUGAACUUAGAAGAUAUAAAAUAAAAUAUAUUUAAUUAAGAUAAUCAAAAUUGCCAGAGUUCUAAAAAAUAUUUACAAUCCGGGCUCGAUUGCAAGGAGCCGAAUCGUUCUAAAAUAUGGCAUAAUCGCAAUCAGCGAGAACUUCCUCUACCGUAAGCACCACACACCAUCAAUAAGUAUGCCAAUGUACGUAACGACAUUUACAGAAAACAUCACGAAAAUUAUUAAUCCAACUGCCGUAGAUUCGAUGCAUCGCUACACCACUACAUACUAUAUGUAUGCCGAGUGCUUAAUAGUGUUGAGAGUCUUUCUAGGACUAUAUCGUUCGCCAUCUUUCCGCCUCACACGCAGUGGGCCUUGCGAGCAAAGCAAAUUCAAUUUUGAUUCAGCUGAGGAGAUGGCCUUUUUCCAGCUGCUGACACUAUAAUAGGCUCAUUUUUUGCAUGCAUUGGUUUCCUGGCAGAUUUCUUGAAUUUCAGGUGUAUUCUUUUCAAGACCAUUUCACUUUGGCUGCUAAAUUCCUGCAGUUGAUGUUUUAUCUCCUCGCUGUGCCAUUUCGUUAUAGAUAUAAAAGCACUUUAAAUAGUUUCCAUCUCCUUGCGUUAGAGCCUUCUUUCAAAUCGCGUUCGUUGUACGUUUAUGGCUGCCAAUUUCUUCAUUUGGGUAUGAUUUUGUGUCAGAGCGAGAUAACGAAUUCCUACUUAUAUAGGUGAUACGAGAUAUUUCUCUUUUAGUCGCGUUAUUUUGGAUUGCGCAUUUUGUCGAAAGGGACACAGGCUUUUGGAUUAAUCUGCGUAUUGAAAUAUUUAAAUUUUAAACUUUUUUUUAACUGAAUAAAUUUUUUAACCAUAUUAACAA